GAACCCACCGUAGAAACAAGCACCCUCCGCGCCGCCGGCUGCCGGCCGCCGUGUCCGUUUCAGUCUCCGAAUCCCUCAUCCCCCGUUGCCUCGCGUUCCCAAGCCACAUGAUAUCCCCCAACCUCCCCCUCCGGCUCCGCCACCUCCGCUGCCUUCUCGCCGCGGCGCCCUUGUCCCCCCCCGCCGCCGCAUACUACUCGCGCGCAUCCUCCCCACCUUCAAACCGCGCUCAGGCCCUGCCCCCGCCCCCGCCACCGCGGCGCCAUCUCCCGGACCUCCCGGCGCGACGGUUCUCCUCCGGGCACGUCCUCCUCCCCACCAACCUCCAGGAGGAGCACGUCGCGUCUCUGUCCGACAGGAUCUACCACGCGGUGACAGAGACAGAGGAGGGCUCCAACGAGGGCACGGAGGCCGCCCUCGACGCGCUGGGCGCCGAGCUGACCACCCCGCUCGUGGCCGACGUGAUGCACCGCCUGCGCUACGAGGAGAAGCUGGCCUUCCGCUUCUUCGCCUGGGCGUCCCAGCAGGACAACUACGAGCACGAGCACCGCACGUACAACGACAUGAUCGACAUCCUCUCCGGGACGCGGUACAAGUCCCGCCAGUUCGGCGUCCUCUGCGACGUGCUCGACCACAUGAAGCGCCACGGCACGAGGUCGGUGCCGGUCGAGGACCUGCUGGGCAUCCUGCGCGCCUACACCGAGAAGCACCUCACCAACCUUAGGAAGCUGGCGAAGAAGCGGCGGGUGCGGAUGCGCACGCCGCCGGAGACCGACGCGAUCAACAUCCUCCUGGACGCGUUUUGCAAGUGCGGGAUGGUCAGGGAGGCGGAGACGGUGUUUGGUCGCGUGAAGAAGAAGCUGCAAGGAAAUGCCGAGACCUACAGCAUCCUCUUCUUUGGGUGGUGCCGCGCCAGGGACCCCAAGAAGGCCAUGAAGGUGCUCGAGGAAAUGGUUGAGAUGAAGCACACCCCAGAGAACUUCACGUACAUUGCUGCUAUUGACUCGUUCUGCAGCGCUGGUUUGAUCUCGGAGGCAAGAGAGUUGUUUGAGUUCAUGAGGACCGAGGGAUCGAAGAUAUCCUCUCCCACUGCUAAGGUAUAUGCUAUUAUGAUUGUUGCGCUAGCCAAAGCUGAUCGGAUGGAUGAGUGCUUUGAGCUGAUUUCAGAUAUGAUUAAACGAGGCUGCAUGCCUGAUGUAUCAACCUUUAAAGAUUUGAUUGAAGGCAUGUGCUUGGUGGAUAGACUCGAUGCUGCCUACUGCAUUUUGGAGGAGAUGGGGAAGGCUGGGUUUCCUCCUGACAUUGUCACUUACAAUUGCUUUCUUGAGGUACUUUGUCGUCUUCAGAAGGCUGAUGAUGCGCUCAAACUCGCCGAGAGGAUGAUAGAAGCACACUGUGAGCCCAGUGUUCAUACUUACAAUAUGCUGAUGGUGAUGUUUUUUGAGAUGAGAGAGCCACACAGGGCACUCGAUAUUUGGACUGAAAUGGACAAGAGAGGAUGUCGACGUGCUGUUGAUACCUACGAAAUAAUGAUUGAUGGGCUGUUUGAUUGUGGAAGAACGGAAGAUGCAACCACUCUUCUAGAUGAAGUAAUAAACCAUGAUAUGAAACUGUCGUACAAGAAGUUCGAUUCUAUCAUGCUGCAAUUGUCAGCUGUUGGCAACCUUGGCGCAAUACAUCGGCUUUCAGAGCAUAUGAGAAAAUUUUACAAUGUUGCAAUGUCAAGACGUUUUUCGAUCACACAGAAGAAGAAGAGCAUUGGUAUUAGAAGGAGAUGAGUUCUGCAAGAUUUAUUGUUAGCACGAAUAGUCACGAGCGUACAUGAGGGUGGUUGAUACAAGUGUGCACAUUUUGUCGGAGCAAUAUGCAGUGGAAGCAGCGUAUGAACCGAAGUACUUUGCCAAGGAAACAGGCAAUGUGGCAGCCAGUGUUGUUAAGAACAGAGUGGGCAAAAUUUCGUGGCCGGGCUUGGCUUCCUAGCCCCAUACCAACUGUGCUGUGUGACCUGUGAGCAACUACUAGUCAGCUAGGCGCAGGACAGCAUAGGCGCAUAGCAUGGAAUAGCUGCAUGUUGAGAACCUGGAAUAUAAUGACGCAGAAGAAAUUUUGGGACUGAGAGCCUGGGAUACCAUCGUGCUGCAGUGCAAGCAAAUUAUCUGAACUCGUGGUGCCAUGCCAUGCCAUGGCCCGUCCUCCAACGAGGUGGGUAUGCUAAGUUUUCAUGAGUUCCGAGGUAGAAAGACGGCUGGUUCUGACGGAAAAGAAACCUUUGUCAAGUGAUUUCGGUUUCCAUCUCAUCAUUUUUUAUUUUUUAUCUUGAGAUCAAGUUUUCAUCUCAUCAGAGCCGACCCUUGGGCAGGGCGAGAAGGGUGUGGCUCACGCCCAAAUUGAGGCCAGUUAUUUCAACAUAGGCCCAUUCUGUUCCUUACAUACAACUAACAGAAAAACAAAACAUCCAAGAAACCCUGGUCUAUUAUUGUGGAGACAUGGAACCACAAGAUGAGAUGGGUACCGUGAUUUCCUGAAAUUGGAUGAACGGUACCAGCUGUUACUUAGGAAUUCACCCUUUUUAGGGACCUUUUCUCUGUCCUUGUUGGACCCAAGCACAAUACUUGUAAUUGUAGCAUUUUUAAGAAACCCCUUUCAGUUAAAAUUAGCAUAAA